AUGUGCGUGACCGCCAUCGUCACCGUGUUGAUUGUUCAUCUCGAAUACGCGAGACGAACAGGGCAUACAUUGCCUCUGCAGCCGAAACCCCAUCCAUAUCUGCAGGGUAAUUUCGCCCCCAUCCACAAGACGCCUCCAUUGACAAGAUGUGUCUUCUCCGGCCAUCUGCCUCAGAAGCUUUCCGGUGGUCACUGCUACAUCGUGAUAGCAUGUCGCGUAGCACGUACACUUUCGCUCAUCAUCAUUUCACGACUUCCGGGAUCGCCGCAGCCAAUCAAGAAGAUUUCGGUUGCGAACACGGCACUGUUGUAUCAUGAAGGCCGCGCGUUGGCAACGGGCGAGACCGGACCUCCAAUGCGAGUCCUGCUCCCGUCACUAGACACAGUUGGCCGGCUUCAAGGUGGGCGUACUCAAGGAGAACUAACAGUACCAGCCUCCCAAUCUGAGCAGGAGCUGUUAGGUGGCCACGAUCCGCUUGCUUUCUCGCGCGAGUGGACGACGGCUCACCCACGCGUUGACCCGCGGACGAAGGAACUCAUAUUAUUUCGCUCAACCUUUGUCUCACCUUAG